GAAGUGACCAGUAGGGGUGCCUUAUUCUCCCUUAAGCGCCGCCUUUCCUUUGAUUGACGUUCCCACGGGCCAAUGAGUCUUUCGUGAGCGGAGGGUGGCGGCGGCGAAGGGCCGGGGUUCGGUCAGUGCGAGGUGAAGAUGGCGGUGCUGGCUCCGCUCCUAGCCCUGAUCUACUCGGUGCCGGGCAUCUGCCGCUGGCUCGCCCAGCCCUAUUACCCGCUCUCGCUCCUCCUCUCGGCGGCCUUCCUGCUGGUGAGGAAAGUGCCGCCUUUAUGCCACGGACUGCCUUCCCAGCGCGAGGAUGGGAACCCCUGCGACUUCGACUGGCGGGAGGUGGAGAUCCUGAUGUUCCUCAGUGCAAUUGUGAUGAUGAAGAACCGCAGAUCCAUUACUGUGGACCAGCAUGUUGGAAAUAUCUUCAUGUUCAGCAAAGUAGCCAAUGUCAUCCUUUUUUUUCGCCUUGACAUCCGGAUGGGGCUGCUUUAUCUCACACUCUGCAUUGUGUUCCUGAUGACCUGCAAGCCACCUCUGUACCUGGGUCCUGAAUACAUCAAGUAUUUCAGUGAUAAAACCAUAGAUGAGGAAUUAGCACGGGACAAGCGAGUAACCUGGAUUGUGGAAUUCUUUGCCAACUGGUCCAAUGAGUGCCAGUCAUUUGCUCCCAUCUAUGCUGACUUAUCUCUCAAGUAUAACUGCUCUGGGUUGAACUUUGGGAAGGUAGAUGUGGGCCGCUACCCUGAUGUAAGCACUAGGUACAAAGUCAGCACCUCUCCUCUCACUAAGCAGUUGCCUACCCUAAUCCUUUUCCAAGGUGGAAAAGAGGUGAUGCGUCGACCACAGAUCGAUAAAAAGGGACGAGCUGUUUCAUGGACAUUUUCUGAGGAGAAUGUGAUCCGGGAAUUCAACCUGAACGAGUUGUAUCAGAGAGCCAAGAAAGUGUCCAAGCAAUCUGAUGAGACCCCUGAAGAAUCUCCAGAACAGCCUGCUGUUACUGAACUUCCCAACGGGGAGAGCAAGAAGGACAAAUAAGACCCCAAGGGACUGGGCCAUGGCCUCUUACUGUUUAGCUUCCCACUCCUCAUUCCAUCCUGUUCUGUUCCCUAAGUUAUCAGUUGAAAUCUGCUUCCAUCUCACAAGGCUGGAGGUGGGAAAUUAGUGUAAUAGUCAGAGAGCUUCUGCUACCUGGGCUUGGUGUCUGACUGCUGGUGGCCACUUGAUUUGUACAUGUUUCUUUGCCUCAGUUAUCCCUCGUCCUUAUUCCAGGAGUGACUAAGGACAUAUUCUGUAGAUUUGAACCAGCAAGGGAAAAUUUCUCUGCUUGCUAGAGGCCAUGAAAACUCAGGCAAAUCUAGCUGAGGAGGGACUUUAAGUGUUCCUAGAAAUUAAUAGAAACUACUGAGAAAAAUGUGGACUUUAGCUACUGGGAGGGGAGGAGAGGGAUCCUUUGUUUAUUCAUCCAUGUUGGGUCAGUGGAAAAUCUUGCCCAGUUCAUCUGUUCUAGUGAAACUGAUUCCCUUCCCUCUUGCCAAAGUGCACUAUUUGAAUUGAUCUGCAAAGUGAUAUCUGUGAUUGAGAAGGCACAUAUAUCGUGCAGUUUCUACAUUCUACUUGAUGCCUUCUGUUAAUUGUGACAGCAGAGCGUCUCAUAAGUAUCUCCUCUGCUCUCUUUUGGGGUUUAGAAGAAUGUUUCCUGAAUGUACCAAUGUUGCAGAGGGUAAGUGGCUGCCAUGCAGCCCUCAAGAACUUUGUGUCCUUAACAUCAGCAGUUGCUAGUAUAGUGUAACAUGCUCAGAGAAUGGGCCUUUUCCUAAAUUGGAGGAGUUGCCACUUCUCCCAUCCAUGUUGCACUGUACAAAAUGCAGGGCUAUAACUUGGUAAGGUUAGAGUUGAUUUAACUCUACUGCUAAUGCAAGGAGCUUGCCUAACGGUAAAAAAAGCUCCAUUUUGCCCUUUGUCCCCUUCAUGCUUUUGUUAAUUGUCUUGUAAAAUUGCCUCUAAUAAAAUCUGGGAAUGUCUUGUUCCUGCAAA